AUAAGCUACAUCGGGCACUUCAUUCGGGGCGAGGCUCAGGUCCUUCCUGCGAGGUCGGUGUGGACAGGGUCAUCGGCUAUACACGCCAUCUUGGUUUGUCCAGAAACUCUCGUCUGUUGCAUCCGUCACCAUGCUGCUGCGCCUUCUUCUGGGUUUGGCAUUCAGCCAUCACUUGUUUUGCGAAGGUAUUCUCAGCACCUGUUUUGACGAGAUGCGGUCCGAUUUCCGGUGCUACAACCUUUUGCCUCCCUACACCAACACCAACUUUCACCUGCCGCAGUCGCCCACCCAGCAGAACAUCCGCUUCCUGCUGUACACCACGGCCAACCCCUCGUCCCCGCACCUCCUCCAUUCCCAGGACGCCCGCACCUUCCAGGCGUCCCACUUCGACAAGAACCGCGCCACCAAGAUCAUCGUGCACGGCUUCACCGACUCCGGCAGCAGCAGCUGGAUCCACGAGAUGGUGGGCAAGCUGUUGCAGAAGAACGUUAAUGUCAUCGUCGUGGACUGGCAGACGGGGGCCAAAGGGCCGAACUACUUCCAGGCGGCGGCUAACACCCGCGUAGUUGGCGCAGACAUCGCCACACUCAUCUUGACAGCCCAGUCGCUGGGGGCAGCCGCCUCAUCGUUCCACAUCAUCGGCCAUUCCCUCGGCUCUCACAUCGCCGGGUAUGCUGGGGAGAAGGUCCAUGGUAUGGGAAGGAUCACAGGUUUGGACCCCGCUGCCCCGCUGUUCGAGACUUACAGCGAGAGGGUGCGACUGGACAAAAGCGACGCAGCUUUCGUCGACGUCAUCCACACGGACGCACAGCCGCUGCACGAAGCUGGUGUUGGAAUUAGAAACACUCUCGGUCAUGUCGACUUCUUCCCCAACGGUGGCGUCAACAUGCCUGGCUGUCCGGCUGAAAAAAUCAACUGGACAAAGCUCCUGACCGGACAGAUCACCACAGUGACAUCAGACGUCGCCUGCAGCCACAACAUCGCCACCAGGUACUUCACCGCCAGCAUCAACGACAACCAGUUCCAAGCCUUCCCCUGCGCCAGCCUGGACGCCUACAGCAAAGGUCAAUGCACGAGCUGCGGCAGCGGCUGCAACAACAUGGGUUACCACGCGCACACUUCGACCUCUGGCCUCUUUGUCCUGCACACUGCCCCAAGCUAUCCUUUCUGAUCACACCUUUCUCUGAGCACCCCAGAAAAUAACGAGCGCCAGAAAAUGUAGUGGACACCAAGUGAUGAACACACGCGAGACGGCGGCACCGUACUUCAAAAUGGCGGCUGCGAAGGUCCUACCAUCUUUACAAGCACAAACUCUUUGAGAAGUAAAGUUAAAAAGUCACUAUUAUCAUUGCAUCUGUCUGGCUCCCCUUGAUGUUUAUCAAAAAUGUGUGUCGUACUGUGAAGCAUAAAAUUAUUCUGCAUAAUUUGAAAUCUUUGGAAAAGUCAACACUGAAGGAGAAGAACGAAAACUUUCAGCAAUAAAACAUUUAACUGUCAAUUCAA